AUGGCGGCUCUGAAGCUCUCGUUGCAGCCGCGGCCCCGGACGAUGUGGGAGCGAGAGCGAGACACCGUGACCUCCGCCAUCGCCGUCUGCAGACUCUCCAGAGACGCAGACUUCUUCAGGCCCAGAGAGGGUCCUACAGCUGGGGCUGACGAACCUGCAGAGGCCAGGACCAGCCAGGACCAGCCAGGACAAAAGAGGACCAGCCAGGACCAGCCAGGACAAAAGAGGACCAGCGAGGACCAGAGGAAGAAACACAAGGAAGAAACCAAACCCUCAGUCAGUCGUUCACUUAUGAAACACGACAUAUCGAGCGGGACACGGACUACCUGUUACUACAGCAGGGGGGGGGGGGGGGGGGGGGAGAGGGGGGGGGGGGGGGAGAGGGGGGGGGGGGAGAGGGGGGGGGGGGGGGGGGGGGACAACUGA